AGACAGGUGAGUGUUGGACGGCCGCGUCGUUACCUGCGUGUUACCUGCGUGUUACCUGCUCACGCGGACCCGAGCCGUUUAAAGACCGGAAACACGAAGUUUGUGGUGUUUUAAACCCGACCAGAGAAAAGAGGCUGUAAAGACGAUGUUGUGUGUUUUGGUGUGUGUUGAUGCUCUCCGGUCUCGUCCACGCCGGACCGGCUGACAGCAGGUCGUCUGUUCGGAGACUCACUGACGUCCACCGACACUCCGGAAAACACAAGCUGAAGCUGGACCCUGAAGUGCACAUGAACAUCACGGAGAUCAUCAGGCGGUGGGGGUACCCUGCAGAGGAACACGAGGUUCUGACGGAGGACGGGUACAUCCUGUCCGUCAACAGGAUCCCACAGGGACUCAAACGCACCUCAGGUCCGAGGCCCGCGGUGCUGCUCCAACACGGCCUGCUGGCCGCCGGCAGCAACUGGAUCACCAACCCGCCCAACUCCAGCCUGGGGUACGUGCUGGCCGACGCCGGGUACGACGUGUGGAUGGGGAACAGCCGAGGGAACACCUGGUCCAGGAAACACCAGACACUGCGGCCGGACCAGGAGGACUUCUGGAGGUUCAGUUACGAUGAGUUGGCUCUGAAGGACCUUCCAGCGGUUGUAGACCACAUCCUGAAGGUGUCGGGUCAGGACCAGAUCUUCUACGUCGGCCACUCUCAGGGAACCACCAUAGCAUUCAUAGCGUUCUCCACGCUACCUAAACUGGCCAGUAAGAUCAAGUUGUUCUUGGGUUUGGCGCCCGUAGCGACCGUGGCGUUCACCGCGAGCCCCAUGACCAAACUGUCGGUCCUGCCCGACUUCCUCAUCUGGAAACUGUUCGGGAGGCGGGACUUCCUGCCUCAGAGCGAGAUGAUCCAGUGGUUUGCGGAACACGUGUGCGGCAAGCACCUGCUGAGCGAGCUGUGUGGAAACCUGUUCUUCAUCCUCUGCGGCUUCGACGAGAAAAACCUCAACAUGACUCGGACUCCGGUCUACACCACACACUGUCCUGCCGGGACCUCGGUCCAGAACAUGGUCCACUGGGCCCAGGCCGUUCACGGAGGGAAGCUGAUGGCCUUUGACUUUGGAGCUGCAGGAAACAUGAAACACUACAACCAGUCCACUCCCCCUCAGUACCACGUCCAGGACAUGAAGGUUCCCACCGCUCUGUUCUCAGGGGGACAGGAUACGCUGGCGGACCCCAAAGACGUGGCUGUCCUCCUCACUCAGGUGUCUAACCUGGUCUACCAUCAGCACAUCAAACACUGGGAACAUCUGGACUUCAUCUGGGGCCUGGAUGCUCCUGAGCAGAUGUUCCCCUCCAUCCUGAAGCUGCUGCAGGAACACCGCUAGAGGGCGUGGCGGCGUACACACCUGUCCUACAGUAUUGUCCGCCUGUCGGGUGGAGCGGCGGCAGCCUGCUGCUCACCGCCUGAAACGUCCUCAGAUCUGAAGCUGGUUUUAUCUGUUUACACGUGAAAUAUCUGCUGGAACGCUUCUGAUGACCUGUUUUACAUAAAGCUUUUACCUAACAGGACUCUUAUUGUGAAAAUCCUCCCUCAGACUGUGAAGGAGCUCGGUGAACUUGUUCUGACGUGGCUCCUGUUGGCGAACUAACACUCUCUUUAAACAUGCAGCCAAUCACGUGGCUGGACUUUUAUCAAGCUCUGAAACACAAACUGAUUAUUUGUCGUAUUUCUGCUAAAUAUGAAGCUGUUUUGAAUCAAACUAAAUAAAUCUCGUAACUCCUGAACA